CAGCUGAUUCCGCUCAAUUUCGGAGAUCUGUCAGUUUCUGUGGCAGGAACGAUGGCCGGUUCGAUAAUAAACCGUUUGCGGACCGUUAUUCAAAAUUUCGAAAGCAUUUUGGGCAUUGGCAGAAGAGGAUAUCCAGAUGCGUUUUGUCUUGCCGGCGUCGAAGUUAAUCGCGCCCCAAUUGACGCCCCUAAAUUCUCCCUGAAAGAUAUCAUAGGGGAUGGUUUACUUUGGGCAGUACCCAAGCACAGGCGGUCGCUGGAAAAACGGUUAAAAAGGAAGUUUGGCCAUCCAGAUUAUCAUCUUAAAAUCCUGCUUCCGAGGACUAAUAUUAGAACGUGCAAUAAAUGUGGAGACGACCACGAAAUCGGUGUAUUAUGUCCAACGUGUUACAAAAAAAUAAUCGACGAAACUCGUGAAAUGCAGGAUGCUAUACAAAAUGAGCUGAAAUUAGAACCAGUAGAAAAAGAAGUGGUUGUCUUAUACAGUGGUGAAAAAGAAGAAAAACCUGAUGAAUUUUGGGAAGGAAAGAGAAUAGUGGAAAUACCAAAGGAACGUCCAUCAUGGUUCAGUAAAAACCUCCUUCAACAGACAACUCAAAAACCUGCAUCCACCAAAGAAGUGAAACCUUCAGAUUUGGGUUAAAGUUAUUAAUUGUAGUUACAAAUAAAUACAAAUUUGAGAUAAA